AUGCGCAAUAUUAAAAAGAUAAAGUUUCUGAUUUUAUCGAAAAUUUUGAUUCUGUUCUUUUGCUUUGUUUAUCAAACAAAUGCAGGGACAACAUCAAAGCGAAAAGAAAGAGAACCAAGCAAUUUAAUCAGUUUCCAAACUGCAAAAAAACAGAAAACUGGAAAAAGUACAAAAAAUGUUUACACAAUUACUGUCGAACAGCAACUUGGACUUUUGAAUGAAUGCAAAAGUUUAAAGCCCUAUGAAUUUCAAUAUUUAUUGAAAAUAUAUGUUGGAAAAAUCAAUAGCAAUGAAGGCCAUAAAAUAACUGAAGGCCGUGAAUUUAAUUUAUAA